AACUCGGCUUAAUUAGCUGUUUUCUACGUUACCUCUCUGCUAACUACAAUACUAAGAACUAGGUGUGGUUAGCUGUUAGCUACGAUAGCUGUCAGCUGACUACAACAUCUAGGCUUAGUUAGCUGAUAGCUUUGAGCUAGCCAUUAGUUAUAAUUUGAAGAAAAAUGUAUUUACAUUAUUUAAACAUUUAAGUACUGACAUUCUGACCAAGAUUUAUUUUUAUCCAAUCUGUUCAAACCAACAGACACACACACACACACACACACACACACACACACACACUCACACACUCACACACACACACACACACACACACACACACACACACACACACACACACACACACACAGAUAAGGUGAUUUCCUGUAAAUGGAGAGGGGAGGAGCUACACUGCAGGUGAUCCAGGUACAUGAGGACAGGGAGGGAACCUGAAAGUGAAAGUGUUCAGUCAGACUCCAUUUUGAGUCGACAGAGCAGACAGAGUAAAACUGAAGUCUGAGGCAGGAUCAGAAGAUGAGUGUUUGUGUGGAGGAAGAGGAGGACAGAGCAGAGUCUCCAGUGUCCAGCUGUCUGUCUAUGAAGAGUGACCGUUCCAAACCUGAACCUCCAGACUUCAGUAAUGAACCUGGACCCUCAGACCAACAAGUUCAGUCCAACAGACAGAGAGCAGAGUCUCCAGUGUCCAGCUGUCUGUCUAUGAAGAGUGACUGUUCCAAACAUCUUCCUCCAUUGUUCAGCAAUGACCCUGGACCCUCAGACGCACAAGAGAGGAAGAGGAGUCUUGGUCCUGAGGAGGAGCAGCUGUCCUGCUGUGUUUUGUGUCAGGACGUCCUGAAGGAUCCAGUCUCUACCAGCUGUGGACACUGGUUCUGCAGACAGUGCAUCACCUCAUACUGGGACCAGUCUGGUUCACCAGGAGACUCCUCCUGUCCCCAGUGUGGAGAAAGAUCCAGAAGAAGACCUGGACUGCAGACAGACAGUCAGACCAGCACUGUACAAGCAGACGGUGGUCUGCAGGAGGUUUUAGGGGAUUUUAAGAUCAGUCUGAGGAGGAGAUGUGAAUGUGUGACUGAAGGAACUGAUGAAACAGGAAGUGGAACCCUCCUCAACAGGAUCUACACUGAGCUCUACAUCACAGAGGGACAGAGUGAAGACGUUAAUACCCAACAUGAGGUGAGGCAGCUUGAGACAGCUUCCAAGAUGGAGAAGCUCCAUGAUACUCCAAUCAGGUGCCACGACAUCUUUAAAGCCUUACCUGACCAACAGAGACACAUCAGAGUGGUUCUCACGAACGGCGUUGCUGGCAUUGGUAAAACCUUCUCAGUGCAGAAGUUCACUCUGGACUGGGCAGAGGGCUUGGAGAACCAAGAUGUCAGUUUGGUGGUUCUGCUUUCGUUCAGGGAGCUGAACCUGAUCAAAGAUGAGCAGUACAGUCUUCUCAGGCUGCUCCAUGUUUUCCAUCCAACAUUACAGAAGGUCACAGCAGAGCAGCUCGCUGUCUGUAAACUUUUGUUCAUCUUUGACGGCCUGGAUGAAAGCAGACUUUCACUGGAUUUCCACAACAAUGAGGUUCUGUCUGACGUCACACAGAAGUCUUCAGUCAAUGGGCUGUUGACAAACCUCAUCAAGGGGAAUCUGCUUCCCUUGGCUCUCGUCUGGGUAACUUCCAGACCUGCAGCAGCCAAUCAGAUCCCUCCUGAAUGUGUUGACAGGGUAACAGAAGUGCAAGGCUUCACUGAUGCCCAGAAGGAGGAGUACUUUAGGAGGAGAGUCAGUGAUGAAGAUCUGUCAAACAGAAUCAUCUCACACAUCAAGACCUCCAGGAGCCUCCACAUCAUGUGUCUAAUCCCAGUCUUCUGCUGGAUCAGUGCUACAGUUCUGGACCACAUGUUGACCACAGACCAGAGAGGACAGCUGCCCAAGACUCUGACUGACAUGUACUCACACUUCCUGCUGAUUCAGACGAAGAGGAAGAAGCAGAAGUACGAUGAAGGACAUGAGAUGAGUCCACAGGAACUGAUGCAGGCUGACAGAGAAGUUCUUCUGAAGCUGGGGAGGCUGGCGUUUGAACAGCUAGAGAAAGGAAACAUCAUGUUCUACCAAGAAGACCUGGAGCAGUGUGGUCUUGAUGUCACAGAGGCCUCGGUGUACUCAGGAGUUUGUACAGAGAUCUUCAAAAGAGAGAGUGUGAUCUUCCAGAAAACAGUCUACUGCUUUGUUCAUCUGAGCAUUCAGGAGUUUCUGGCUGCAGUCUACAUGUUUCACUGUCACACCAACAGGAACACAGAGGUACUGGAGGGUUUCCUUGGAAAAGAAUGGAGAGACAGGGACUCAGACCCAAAGUGUUUUAAGAAUAGUUUUAAGUACUUUGGCAACAACCCAUCUCUGGAUGUCUUCCUGAGCAGAGCCACAGAGAAAUCCCUCAAAAGUACAAAUGGUCAUCUGGACCUGUUUGUUCGCUUCCUUCAUGGCCUCUCUCUGGAGUCCAACCAGAGACUCUUAGGAGGCCUGCUGGGUCAGACAGACAACAGUCCAAAAAUUCUCCAGAGAGUCAUCAACAACCUGAAGAAGAUGAACAGUGCUGAUAUAUCUCCUGACAGAAGCAUCAACAUCUUCCACUGUCUGAUGGAGAUGAACGACCACUCAGUCCAUCAGGAGAUCCAAGAGUUCCUGAAGUCAGAGAACAGAUCAGAGAAGGAACUCUCUGUGAUCCACUGCUCAGCUCUGGCCUACAUGCUGCAGAUGUCAGAGGAGGUUCUGGAUGAGUUGGACCUGAGGAAGUACAACACAUCAGAGGAGGGACGACAGAGACUGAUUCCAGCUGUGAGGAACUGCAGAAAGGCUGUACUUUCUAACUGGGGACUCUCAGAGACUCACUGUGAAGUAGUGGCCUCAGCUCUGAAGUCCAACCCCUCCCAUUUGAGAGAGCUGGACCUGAGUUACAACUACCUCAAGGAUUCAGAAGUGAUGCUGUUGUCUGCUGGACUCGAGAGUCCAAACUGUAGACUGGAGACUCUGAGAUUGAGUUCCUGCAGUUUGUCAGAGAUCAGCUGUUGUUCUCUGGUCUCAGCUCUGAAGUCCAACCCCUCCCAUCUGAGAGAGCUGGACCUGAGUAUCAACAACAACCUGCAGGAUUCAGGAGUGAAAUUGCUGUGUGGUUUUCUGGAGAGUCCACACUGUAAACUGGAGACUCUGAGAUUGAGUUGCUGCAGUUUGUCAGAGAUCAGCUGUUCUUCUCUGGUCUCAGCUCUGAAGUCCAACCCCUCCCAUCUGAGAGAGCUGGACCUGAGUAUCAACAACCUGCAGGAUUCAGGAGUGAAAUUGCUGUGUGGUUUUCUGGAGAGUCCACACUGUAGACUGGAGACUCUGAGAUUGAGGGGCUGCUGGUUGUCAAAGAUCAGCUGUUCUUCUCUGGUCUCAGCUCUGAAGUCCAACCCCUCCCAUCUGAGAGAGCUGGACCUGAGUGACAACAGCCUGCAGGAUUCAGGAGUGAAGCUGCUGUGUGGUUUUCUGGAGGGUCCACACUGUAGACUGGAGACUCUGAGAUUGAGUGGCUGCAGUUUGUCAGAGAUCAGCUGUUCUUCUCUGGUCUCAGCUCUGAAGUCCAACCCCUCCCAUCUGAGAGAGCUGGACCUGAAGUCCAACAACCUGCAGGGUUUAGGGGUGAAGCUGCUGUGUGAUCUUGUGAAGAGUCCACACUGUAGACUGCAGACUCUGAGAUGGAAGUGUGGAUCUCUGUCAGUGUGAGCGGUGAGGAAGGAGGUUGUGUUGGAGGAUCCGCUGUGUCCUGAUGAUCCAGAGAGGUUGAAGCAGCAGCAUCAGCUCUGACCUGUCACACUGUCUGACCUCCUCCACCUGGACUUUAUUAGAUAAUCUGAACACAAAAAAGUCUCUACAGAUUCAUUUAUGAGCACAGAACUGCAGAUUAACACAUUUCUGUUUCUGUCACAGCUCCACCUUGUGGAACGAUGGAGUGUUGCAGUUCAUUUACACAUUACUAACAAUGGAAGUUCAUAUUAUGUUUAAAGUUGAGUUUCUGUUUUUUGCCAGCAGUACCAGCAGUUUCUGAUAUUCUUAUAUGGAAUGGAGUGCACCUAUAGCACUUAAAGCACUUUACACUAUAUGUCAUAUUCACUCAUUGAUUCAUAGCUGCUCAUUAGAAACAGGAACUAAUCCCAUUCACACACAUUCAUAAACCAGUGGCACAUAUGGAUGUCACCAUACCAGAAAUUAAGUAGUGCCGGUGAUAUUCUACGCUUCCAAAUACCAAUUUCGAUAUCAUGGUAAAAAUGUCCCAAAAAGUGUUUCCACUGGAGUCCACUGUACAUAGAGGACAAAAAUGUUCUGACUUAGAACCAAGUGUGAACGUAUCCAGCGGACGUGACGUACUGCGAGGUGAGCUGCUCUCAUUGGCUGCACAGUUUUGACUCGUCCGUAGCAGGAAACAAUGGCGGCUCGCCUGGUCACACACAAUCUUGUAUUCCAGCUAAACACUAAAAUAUGUUCUGAAAUCAUUUAAAGCAUUUUAAGGCAACAGAAUCUAGCUUCGUAUCUGAUCAGCGCUGCCUAGUUUGAGAGUUUGAUCUGAGUUUGGUGCAUAGAGCUGGAUGGACUCACUGUGAAUGAGCUGUCAAUCAAAAGGUAGCCCCGCCCAAAAGACCACGCUGCUUUAUCGUCUAUUUAAAAUUAAAUUAGACCAUAAUUUACUAAAUGGACAUCAUAAUGUAUUGAACAAAAUGUUAAACUAGCGACUGAGACCCUAUACUCAUCAGGAAACUGUUUACUGAGCUCAUAAAGGAAGUGUCAAGUCGGUGAAUGGGAUCUCUGUGUUAUUGCAGCCAACGGUGCUGGAAUUUACAUAGAAUGCAGGUUUAAGACACUUCCAGGUUGGCUUCACUUUCAGCUCUGUCCAUUAUAUAUACUGUCGUUAUAUAUACAGUCAAUGCUUAUAACACACUGCACGUUUUACCUCUUUUUUUAUUUAAUUCAACAUGUGGUGCACUUUUGCAAGCUUUAUGUAACGCUCAUAUUAGCCUAUAAAUAGUGACAAAAAGAUGAAUUCCUACUGACUGCAGGAAGACAAUCGUGUUUUUUUUUCUAAUGGUAACUUUAUUAUUUAUAUAAAUAAAUGUUAUAUUGGACGAGUUCUUGCAAUAACAGACAUCAGCGUUUAUAUUUAUUAUCUCACAUUCUUUCUUUUGCACUUCAGAAGGUGUCAAUCAAUCAGCUGUUUGCAUAUUCUUUGUAAGAAUAAACUCUUCUUAUAUGAUA